CUCGCCAAGCCGUGAACUCCGGGGAAGAAGCCGGUUGGCCGAGGCAAGACAGAGGCCGCGCCCGCGUGACGGUUGGCUGCUUGCUCCGCUCCCUGAAAUCUGCCGGUUCGAGUCCCGUCGGGAGGCAGCGGGGCGCGUCUGAAACAAUGGAGGAGCUGAGCCAAGCUCUCGCUUCCAGCUUUGCUGUCUCCCAGGACCUCAACAGCACAGCAGCACCACACCCCCGGCUGGCACAGUACAAAUCCAAGUACAGCUCCUUGGAGCAGGCAGAGAGGCGGCGGAAGCUCCUUGCAUUUCAGAAAACUAAGCGAUUGGAUUAUGUAAACCAUGCUAGGAGGCUGGCAGAGGAUGAUUGGACAGGCACUGAGGAGGAGGAGGAAGAUAAGGAGACGGAGGGGGCCGGGGCCGGGGCUGGCACUGCAGACAUGGAGAUGGAAGUCGGGAUGAAGCUACCCAAACGCUACGCCAACCAGCUGAUGCUGUCUGAAUGGAUGAUUGACGUGCCCCCGGAUUUGGUGCAGGAGUGGCUGCUGGUGGUGUGCCCUGUGGGGAAGAGGGCUCUUAUUGUGGCAUCUCAGGGAUCCACUGCAGCUUACACCAAAAGCGGUUUCUGUGUCAACCGAUUCCCUUCUUUUUUGCCAGGUGGGAAUCGCCGUACUUCAGCAACAGGGAAAGAAUAUACAAUCCUGGACUGCAUCUACAGCGAGGCCCAGCAGAUGUACUACAUCCUCGAUGUGAUGUGUUGGCGGGGACACCCUGUGUACGACUGCCAGACAGACUUCAGGUUCUAUUGGCUGCAUUCAAAAAUGCAGGAAGAGGAUGGCCUGGGAAAGAAAAGCCAUCUUAAUCCAUUUAAAUUUGUGGGACUGCAGAGUUAUUCCUGCACGCCAGAAAGCCUGUGCAAGGUUCUGUCCACAGAUUUCCCCUUUGAGGUGGACGGGCUCCUCUUCUAUCACAGGGAAAGUCAUUACAACCCCGGUAGCACUCCAUUAGUGGGCUGGCUCCGUCCAUACAUGGUGCCAGACAUCCUGGGCAUACCUGUCCCCCUCGGCCCACUGACGGCCAAGCCAGACUACGCGGGACUCCAGCUGCAGCAGAUUGUGGAGCGCAAGAGGAGCCUACAGCAGGCCGCCAAGGAGGAUUCCUCCAGUGUCAGCACGGCCCCCCAGGAUGGCCGCUAUGAACUGGAACAUUUGUCCACACCAAAAGCAGAAGGCUUUCCCUCGGCUCUGAGGGACUCUGCAAGCAAGAUGGAGAAUUGAUAGGUAGCCCCAAGUGGCUGCUUUUCUAUGUUGUUCAGGAGGAGAGCAAAAGAAACUAACAUGGGAGCAGCUCUGUUUCGACAGCACUUUGGGUAGAAGGGUCUCCACUUCCAUAAUAAUUCUAAUUGCUAGCAGCAGGGUUUGUUUCAAAGAAUAAAAGCUGUGGAGCAAAAUGUGGAGCCACCCUGUUCCGAGGCUUCUCUUGGUGAACUCAUUCCGCUCUCUGAUCAGUAGCUGCUUAAAAAAUUAAGUGAAAUCACACUUUGCUGUCUGUCACUUGGGUAGCCAUGUUGUGCCAAGGCAGCCACCCUCCUUCACCCCCAUCAGCCUCACUGGCUUUUUUCUCUAGCCCUGCAGCUGACUCCAGCAGAACUAGGAAACAGCUCUCACCUUUGUCUCUAGCCUGCCGGAGAUCAUCAACCAGUGCAACCAAGGCAGUUUCAGUCCCAUGAUGAGGCCUGAAUCCCGAAUGGAAGGGAUCCAAAUGGUCCGGUUUUUCCAGGCGUGCUUGGAGUUGUUCAGCAACCACUCGCUCAAUCACCUUGCCCAAGAAUGGAAGAUUUGAGACUGGGCGAUAGUUGGCCAUGUUGGCCGCAUCCAAAGAUGGUUUUUUAAGAAGCGGUUUAAUAACCUCCUCUUUCAGUGGGUGUGGGAAGGCUCCCUCACAGAGAGAAGCAUUCACCAAUCCGCAAAGCCCAUCGCCCAGCCCUUCCCGGCUAGCUUUUAUAAGCCAGGAUGGGCAAGGAUCAAGGAGACAGGUGGUUGGUUUCACUCGUCCAAGCAGCCUGUCCACAUCCUCGGAGGUAACAGAUUGAAAUUGAUCCCACGCAAUUUGACUAGACAGGACUCUAGCACUCCCUUGCCCCAGCCCUGCUCCCACGGUAGAGUCUACCUCUUCCCAAAUCUGAGUGACUUUAUCUGCAAAAAAAACUUUGCAAAAUCAUUGCAGGAGAUCAUGUGGCCCGUGCUGGGCCGAGAUGGAGCAGGUGGUUCCACUAAAUUGGGAGUACGAGAUUCCUGACGGUUCACUCACAAGGGUCAUAGGAACAUGCAAGCCCACUCACCAUGACAAGGGGAUGAAAAGAAUUAUUAGAUAUAUGAGAGAUUAAUGAGAAGCGGCAAAGUACUCAAAGUACUCAUGGGAUACAAUGAAACUGGUGAUGAGGAGAAUUGGUAUUAUGGAAUCCAGUAAACUGAAACAACAACAACAAGGAGAGAUGGAAAAGAGGAAGAAAUUAGGACAUUGGAAAAUCAAUAAUGAUAAGAAUAAAUGAAGUUAUGCACAAUUACAGACAAAAAGGAAGGAAUUAGAAAAGAAAGAUAUGGGGAAAGUGCAGAGAGAUUUGAAAUUCUUGAAAAGAGAAUUUUUUGAACAUAGUAAUAAAAAUUCUAAAUUGCUGGCUAGAGUUGUACAGUCAAAAAACUAAAGAAUUCAGUUAGCUUAAUAAAGAUAAAAUGGGUAAUGUAAUGGUGUUGUUGCGGCUACUCUCGAGUAAGGACCCCCAAGUCCGUACUUGUCUUUAAAGGUUUUAUUGUGCAUAGUAUUAACAGUGCAGAGAUAGCAGAAAACAUGACCUCCUAGUCACUUGCAGAAUCCGGGAGUGGACAUUUCCUGUUGCGUGACCAGCAUAAGAGUUUGGGCACCCCAAAAUGCCUCCUUCCAACCUUACUAGUGGUGCGCCUUAUUUUGGGUGCCGGAAGGGGCUGCCUGCUCCCCUCCACCUCUUGGUCAAGGCGAUGCAAAGGCACUCUCCAACAUCAGCCUUACCACCUCCAUACCGCUAACUUCUGCAUUCCCCCCACCUGACCCACUGCUGCUGCUCUCACUGGGUGAAGAGCAGGUCAACAGGAUGGGGGGAGGUUCCCUGUAGGAAGGUCCCCUGACAUCCACCCCCCCUCAUGACCCCUCCCCUCCUGAGAUGGGUUGCUCAAGUGGUGAAGGUGGAAACCCCUCAAACAAUGUGUCUUCAGGAUCCAUGGAGGCGAACACUUUCUGCCAGUCUGUUUCUUCCUGCGGGCUGCUGUGGAAACCUCUGAAAGAGUCUUCCUCUUCCUCCGUGUCCGCGAACACCGCUUCCCAUCCCCACAUUGUGGUGUCCCCUAGACGUCCCAGUCCUCCUCGCUACCCUCUUCCCAUAUGAACUCCUCUUCAUCUUCCAUGGGUGCAAAUAUCUCCCCCACCCACAUUCUAGGUGGUUUGGGUCUGUUGGGGAACAGGGCGUGAAA